AUGCUUCCACAGACCCCAUCAGAGGUCCACGGGCGCGUGUAUGAUCGCGGCAUCUUAUACCUACACAACCACACACCUUCACAUGUCGCCGCUACAGAGAAACUGGCCGCCGAGGCGCUCGAGCAACUCCUCAAGCCCCUGUCCCUCGCCGAGUAUCCCACCACCUAUGGCCCCAAGGACACCGACCCAUUCGUCCCUCUUCUCGAGGAAGCCAAGGCUCGCGGCAACCACAAUGACCUCUUCCCCACUCCCAAGGCCGACGCUGCUACAAAGGCUGUACUCCGCGGCUUGUAUGAAGAGCUCAAGAAGCGCGAGGGAAGGUCACUUGCCGACAGGUUAAAGAUCAAUGACCGUGAGAACCUGCACCUUGAGUGA